CCUGCGUCGUUCCAUUCUCGCUCGCCGCUGCACCGAAAGCCAGCCAUGGCCUUGGCCGCCGCCCUUACCCGGGCCGCCACGCUCCUCCUCCGCGGGGGCGGGGGCGUCCCGCCUGCCGCCUCCGCCGCCGCCGUGCCGGGAAUCUCGCUCCGCAUCCACCGCCAACUCUGCGGCCUCUCCACCGUCGACGAGCCCGCCGCUGCGGGGGAAGCCGAUCCGUGGGAGGAGGCCGAGGCGGAGAUCCUCCGCGACGUCGAGCCCGUCGUGGAGCUCGUCAAGGACAUCCUCCACUCCCGCAGGUAUGAAAAUGGUGGAUUUCUAAGCCCAACUGAAGAAAAGGUUGUAGUAGAAAAGCUUCUUUCCCAUCAUCCUUGUGUAGAUGAGAAGAUUGGUUGUGGGCUUGAUGGUAUAAUGGUUGACAGGCACCCUGAGUUCAGGCAAUCAAGGUGCCUCUUUGUUGUUAGAACAAACGGCGAUUGGGUGGAUUUCUCAUACCGCAAGUGUCUCCAGGCAUACAUCAAAGAGAAGUAUCCAUCUCAUGCAGACAGGUUUCUGCAGAAACAUCUUGUUAAUAGGAGCUCAGAACCUUUUCGUGUUCAGAAGUAGGACAUCUUUUACAUGAUGGCUCCUUUGCCAAAAUCUUAUGUUUCCCUACUUUUGAUUCUAUUGUCGCCUAUAUAUACCAUUGGCUUGACCAAUCUACUUUAGCUGUUUAGCCUAUAGAGCUGGCCCGUCAAGUGAAUAGCCAGGCUUUUGGUGAAUGGUGAUGGGCCUUGGAUCUCAGCAUCUCCUACGCCUUGGACCUCAGCAUCUCCUACAUUUGGUGAAUGGUGAUGUAAUAGAAGUGCUGCCUUCCAUGAAAUGGAUGCUUUAGUGCACCCUGCUAGUCUGUUCCAACUCUUUUGUCUGAGCUGCUGGAUUUGUCAUUCUUGUUAUGGUAUUCAUUCAGUAUUUACAAAGUAGCGAUGGUGAUGAGCCUCAUCUUUUCAACUUUCAUCUCUUACUCUCCAUCCUUGUUGAUCUUCUGGCUUGGAAUCUAUUCCCUUUGGUCGUAGAUUAACUGUCUUUUAGGAUACUGACAUGGUUGCCAAGCCAUUAGUUUGAUCAUUGAUUAAUAGUAUGAAGCAUAUUUGGAAGCUA